GCGAGCGUUCACGGUAUCCUCGUGACAGUCCUCGGGUCAAAGAGCUGUUCACACGCCGGAAUUGUUUUCUCCCGCGACCAAGUGGAGACAGCGAUGAGGCAAGCACAUCGGGAAGGUGGUGAUCCG